GGCCUGAGCCACCUGCACCAGCACAAGGUGAUUCAUCGAGAUAUUAAGGGGCAGAACGUCUUGCUGACUGAAAACGCUGAAGUGAAGCUAGUGGACUUUGGAGUGAGUGCCCAGCUUGACCGAACAGUGGGCAGGAGGAACACAUUCAUUGGGACCCCCUAUUGGAUGGCACCAGAAGUCAUUGCCUGUGACGAGAACCCAGACGCUACCUAUGAUUUCAAGAGUGACUUGUGGUCCUUGGGAAUCACCGCCAUCGAGAUGGCAGAAGGUGCUCCCCCCCUCUGUGACAUGCAUCCCAUGAGAGCCCUCUUCCUCAUCCCCCGGAACCCUGCGCCCCGCCUCAAGUCCAAGAAGUGGUAA